ACCCCGAUGAGAACUAUUCCUACUCGCACAGACUCCGCACGUGCUGUUAGUACUGUAAAGAUUUUCCGUUUGGAUCUACGAAAUCUGGGUAUACUAUUGUGUACAUCCAUCCAACCAUGGUUUCUGUUGAUCACACAAUGACCGAUCAGGAGGAUGAAGUGGACGCGAGCGCCCACCAGAAGCUGCUGGCCGGCAUCAACAGUCUCGUGAGAACGCAGGACAUUAAGAAGGCGUCCCGUACGGAACCGUCUGUGAACAAAUCCGAGUUUCACCUGGUGAAGAGACACCAAACAGAAGCGGGAGACGACGAUGGUGACGGCGACCAGAAGAAAUCGUCUAGCACCGUUAAUGUGGGUGACUUGCUUGGGCUUCUCAAGAAGACCACUAAAAAUACGGAGGUCGCGAAGGAUCUUGCUCGGAUAAAGAAAAAGAGAAAAACGUUGCAAGAGCCACUGGCGAAACCCGUUGCGGACCGCAUAGGACGGGAUGUUCUGUAUGGUAAGGCUCAGAAGAAUUUGGACCUGUGGGAGCCGGUGGUGACUGCCAGUGAUUUUGCUCCGCAAACUGUUUUUCCUCUGCAGUAUGGAGAUUUGCGGGUGGAACAUAAGGCUCCACAAAAGCUGUCCCAGUACAGGGUGAAGUCGGAUUUGAUGAAGGCAAUGGAGGAACUGGAUCGGAAGUACAAGGGAGAGGAUUCUCCGGUGGAAGAAGUUGACAAGUACGAGCUGACACUGGAGGAAUUGCGCCAGAAGCGGAAGGAAGCUGCUCGCCAGAAAAUGCGCGAGGCGUACAAAAUAGCGAAAGGACGACGGAUGAAUAAGAUCAAGAGCAAAAAGUUCCACAGACUGAUGAAACGGGAUAAGAUUCGAGCACAGAUAAAACAAUUCGAGGAGCUACAGAAGACGGAUCCGGAAGCAGCGUUGAAACAGUUGGAGCUGAUUGAGAAGCAACGAUAUCAGGAGAGAGUUUCGUUGCGGCACAAAAACACCGGUUCGUGGGCGAAGAAUAUGCAGAUUAGGGCCCAAUACGAUAUGGACGUGAGGAAGGAGCUCUCUGAGCAGCUAUCGAUCGGGAAAGAACUGAUGGCGAAACGUUUGCUGCACGAAGAUUCUUCCGAUUCGGGGGAGGAGGAGGAGGUCGAUGCGGAUGGUGAUGAUAAUCCCUGGGUUGGGAAGUUGGAAGAGCCAGAAGCGAAUCGCGAGUUUACCAGUGGAUAUCGAAAAUACUGGGAGCAGCGAAAUAAGGCCAAAGAGGAGAUGAAACGGUUUAACGAAGAGCAGGCGGAGGAAGAUGAUGAAGAUGAGAUGGAGCCAGAAAGGCAAUCAAUUGAUCAAGAGAGUGAACAGGAUUCUGAGGAAUCUGAGGAUGAAGUACAAUUAGAACUGUUCAAAAAAGAGGUGAAGAAAUCGAAAGCGAUAUCCACAUCCGCCUGGGAAGAGGAAGAUAUAUACGAAUCGGAAGCAGUGUCGACAAAUGGCUCACAGAAGAAAAAGAACGAUACGACUCGUAAGGAACUGAAUGUGGAAGAGCUUUUUGAUGAUGCGGAGCAUCUCCUUCAGCAGCGCGCAUCCCAGAAGAUUGAAGAAAUACGCGAGCAAACAAAAUCAAGACCUUCCAAUAGAAAUAAGCCUAACACAAACGGUAACUUGCGCAAGUCGAAUAAAUCUAAAUCGUCCGGGUUAGAGUUCAAGAAAAUAGCUUCUCUCGCUGAUGCGGAUGUGGAAUUGGCCGAGACUGCUCAUGGUAGUGAUCAACCCAAACAGGUUGUCAUUCCCUCCGUAUUUGCUGACGAUGAGCAACCGUCGGCCUCUUCCACUCCGAGUGAGGUCCUCAUCAACACCAAUCAAUUCGUUUCCAUCCGAUCGAAGCAUCUAUUGACGGCGGUUCCGGAUAUGACGACCGGAGGCGAACUGUCCGACGAGGAGGAUCCGGAAGUGAAGCAGAAGCUUACGAUAGCGGAAGCCUUCGAAAAUGAUGAUAUCGUAGCGGAUUUCGAGAAGGAGAAGCAGGAUGAGCGGAACCGGACAAAACCCCAGGAGGUGGACACGUUUCUACCAGGCUGGGGAUCGUGGGCCGGAGCAGGCAUUAGCGAGAGGAAGACCCGCAAAAAUCGGCGGAAACUGUUUAAGGCUCCACCGGUGCUGCCCCGGCGAGAUGAUAACAAGGAGCGGGUUAUUAUAAACGAGGAAGGAUUGAAUAAGAAACUGACGGCACAUUUAGUUAACGAGCUGCCCUUCCCGUUUGUGAGCGUCAAAGAUUACGAGGCCUCGUUGAGGGCACCGCUUGGGCGUACGUUUGUUCCGGAAACAGCGCAUUCGACGCUCGUGGAACCGCGGGUUGUAACGAAGAUGGGAGCCGUUAUCGAGCCGAUGAAGAAGGAUAUCUUGUUGCAAGAGGCGUCCAAGAGCUUCAAAGUGGGUGGCAAGAUGUUCAAUAAGGCGGUUCAGAAAUACGAAGCAUUUCUCGAGAAGAAAGAUGAAGUCGAAUAAUUUUAUUUUGUUAAUUGUUUAUUUAAUAUAAACAUCUGUAGCCUGUACGGAUGGUAUUGUGGGUAUUAUGGUGACCCUAUUCAAUGAGUUGUCCUAGCAACAAAGUCUGCAAAGUCUGUCAAAAAGUAUCGUCACGUAUGUAAACACAUGUAAAGAAAUAAAG